UCCCUGGUCAAGGCAGGCCUCUGUCGUCGGGUUUUGGUGCAGCUUUCCUACGCCAUCGGCAUAGCUGAACCGCUGGCCGUCUACGUAGACAGCUAUGGCACCGGCAAGAUGCCGGACUCGGAACUGCUGCGCAUUGUCCAUGACAACUUCGACCUCAGACCUGGUGUCAUAAUCAGGGACUUGGACUUGCAGAAACCCAUCUACCAGAAGACCGCAGUGUAUGGACACUUUGGUCGAAGCGAGUUCCCCUGGGAAGUACCGAAAGUCCUUCGAUUCUACCCUCGCGAAGAGUUGGAUAAUUAG